AUGACACGCACAAAACAAUCUGCAAGAAAGAAUGCUUAUCCCUGUUCACCAUCUUCAUCAUCCCCAUCAUCUGAUUCAUUUCAACGCUCACAUUCUCCACCGCCACGACCAACUCCUCCACACAUCUCCUCUGAUACUUCGUUUUCUAAUUAUCUUUCAUCAUCCCCUGAAACUAACCCUAACAAUCUUCCUAUCAAUCCCAAUCCCCUAUCCACUGUUCUUCCACCACUAUACACAUGUCCUCCUCCCAAUAUUGCUCAAGUUCCUCCUCAUCUAAGAAAACCUAUGAUACCAAAAAGACGCUCCAUGAGAGUUCAAUCUGGCAUUGGAACUUCCAAAGCCAAAACAGAAAAACCCUUUUACAUUAUCAUCUCCGAUUCAGAGACUGAUGACUCGUCUGAAACUCCUCCUCCCACAACCGUUAAAGAAAAAGCACAACCCAAACCAAUAAAUCCUUCAAAAUCUUCAUUUUAUUCUGAACCAUCUCAAUCAACUCCUCCAAAUCAAAAAAGGAGAUUGAUCGAAGAAAUUUUUUAA